AUGGCUUUGCUGCAGAACGAAGACUUUGCUAUUUGGUAUUUACGAACAUCGUAUUUGGCAAGUACCAAGGACGGCGUGGGUGAGCGUCUCAUCAGUGUCAAUAAUGCUAUUCUCAAUACCCCUGGAUUCCGGGCCGCUGGCUGGUCCGUUGAUCCCGUGCAGCGCACCUAUUCACCACCCAUCCCGACCACUGGUGGAACCGAGUACUUCAGGACUGGCGCCGUGCUCAAUCGGGAGGAUUCGAUCGAUGAUGUUGAUGAUGAGGGUGGCAUGGUGACAGGACGCGCCAGUAACGACACCAUCGGCCCGGCGUUGAGACGGCGGAGAAGGAAGGAACCAACCGAUGAUGACGAUAGCAGCGAUCUCAGCGAUGAGAGUGACGAUGAAGGAGCUCAGAGAGCCGCACAGCAGAUAAGAUUUGCUAAGAUGCCAGCUCGCGAUCGAUCAGGUUCAUCGCCCGGUCAAUCCGUUGCCACUCAAUUGCAGCCCGAUGUCAUGGUCACAUCACCCUCGAAGCCUACUGCAGGCCGCCGAAGAACUGGAUCUUUAGGUGCCGUUGAGGCUGUAAAGGCACGGGCACGAGCAGACACAGCCACCAGCAGCGAUCUAUCGUCGGAAAAUGAAGUUGACCCCUCUUACUUUCAGCGCCGCCAGAUCAACGCUCGGUCUGUACCUAAGUCGGUUCCCACGGACGAAAGACCAAACGCAGGACCGGCGCCACUCACAAUCGCACAUGAGGAUUCUGACGACGAUAGUAUAGGCUCAGCAGGCUCUUCUGAGCUGGGAGACACAGUCGAGUCACCGUCAGCACUGGGUGACGGAACUGGAUCGCCAUCCUCAUCUCCUGUGCUGCCUGGAGUGGCAUCCAUAGGUGGAAGGAGCCUGCAGUCUGUCAACUCUGGCUCGCCUCGCAAAGUUCGCACAUUGCCAGUACUACAACAGUUGCCGCCUUCUAGGCCGAUCAGCUUUGUUCCACCUGUCAGUGCUUUAACGCAGCUCCUGAAUGUUGAGCGCAAGAAGCCAGAGAAUCCCAUCCAAGGCUUCGCAAAUCUUUCUGGCAAGGGCACCCCAGACCCCUUGUGGAUCAAGAUAUACGCGCCUUUCUCGAAAGAUCCGGAAGAACCUUUCGAAAUGCCUCUGGUCAAGACUUCCAAAGAUGGCUUGCCGAUCAUCGUCGCCGAAGCCAUUGGUCUUGCACUGUGGCGAUACACAGAGACCGAGCUAGAUCCUCCUCUCUCACAAGCGCAGCUUAAUGUCAACAAGUGGUGCUUCCGUAUGGUAGAAGAUGGCGAAGUAGAGUUCGACUUUCCAGCACUAUCCAGGACCAGACCGAUAACAGACUUCACCUCGAAUAACAACAGAGGUGCUCGGGGCCGGUCUCGUGGAAGGAAUUACGAUGAGUUCGCGCUCGUCGAGGUACCAGACAGGGAGCUGCACGCCAAUAAUGCAGAGACGCCUCAAUUCAUUCCAGCCGAGGAGGAAUCAACAAUUCAACCCUUACCUGCGCAGGAAGCGGGUCUGGUUGCACCACCGCAAGCUGGACGUACGACAUCAUCACGUUCGAAUGUUCUCCUAGGUGGACAGCCUUUUGCUUCAGCGCUGAGCAACAUGUCCCUGACACCGGCCGAUCAACCAGUAAAGGCUGCUCAGCAGCAUGCAACACCGCGCAUUGGUCAGACCAAGACACUGAGAGUGCGGUUCUUCGACAUCGACGUGUCCGCAAGAUCUACCACACUGGAAGUCUCGUCUGAUGCAUACCUGGCCGAGAUUCUUGACCAGGUAUGCAGGAAGUGGAACUUUGACAAAGGCUUCUUCCUACUGAAAGUGACCGGCACGAACACAGUAGCCCCAUUGGAUCGAACUGUAGAGGCACUAGGGACCCGAUCGGACCUCGAGCUCGUUCGCAAGAGAUUCGGUGCGGGACCAGCAGCUUUGACAGGUUCCCCAGGAAGCGCUUCACCGAAUGCGCCCCUUCUCCUUGAUAUUCAAGGUCCAAAGAAGGGCAAAAAGGGGCAGACUUCGCUGGCGCGAGAAAUGGCCCAGAAGCAGGAUCUUGCAUCAAGUGCAAGCAACUUCAAGAAAUACUACGUGACACGGAAGCAGCUGACUUCAUUCGCUCAAGGCAGUCAAAGAGUCCUGAUGUUCGAUGGCGACAUCCUACACAUAUUACCGACGGACACGGUGAAGAGCUCGUACGCAAAGAGCAGUUCGAUUGCGUUCAGCGACAUUACUCGCUGCAAGAUCAGCAGCAAGCAUAGUAAGUUGGUCAGGGUUUCGAUACCACGGCCGAACGACCCGAAGGGCGAGCUCAAGAGGUACGACUUUGAAGCCCGUACAGCUGGUGAAGCCCAGGAGAUCGUCGACGAUAUCACGCGAGAAAUGAGACGAGCCAGAGGAUGA